GGGAGAGGAGUGGAGGAAGGAGGAGGGACUGAGUUGGGGUCCCCUGGGUGGGGGACAGAUGCUGGGGAAUGCCUGGGGUCUGUGCAGUGGGAGAAGAGUUGGGAAAGGAGGAGGGACCGAGUCGGGGUCCCCCAGGCCGGGGACGGAUGCUGAUCCCAUGCCUCCACCUCAUCUCAGCCGCGGUAGCAUGGGGGGGACGCAGACGCUGGCGCUGCCCCUGCAGAAGGGACCUCACCACGUCGGCUGCACGGAUGUCAUGGUGGGCCACACACAGCAGGGGCUCUUCCUCCGCCUCUUCUACCCCUGCCUGCCCCGAGCAGGAGCCGAGCGGCUGCUCUGGAUCCCGCGCUCCGAGUAUUGCGGUGGCCUGGCUGACUUCACCCAGCGCAGCCGGCGCUGUGGGGGGUUUCUCUUCCCUGCAGGCUCCUGCAGAGUCCCAGUCAGCUGGAAUGGGCCUUUCAAGCCCUGCAGCAGCGGGUACCCUCUGAUCAUCUUCUCCCACGGCCUGGGAGCCUUUCGGACCCUGUACUCCUCCGUCUGCUCGGAGCUGGCAUCCUGGGGCUUCGCAGUGGCGGCUUUGGAGCACAGGGACCAUUCUGCCUCUGCGACCUAUUACUGCACGGAGGAGGCUGGGAGAGAGGAAUGGAUCCCGUACCAACGGGUGCCCCAAGGGCAGAAGGAGUUUUAUUUCCGAAACAAGCAGGUUCACCAGAGAGCGGGGGAAUGUGUGCAAGCGCUCCGGCUCUUCAAGGACAUCGGCAGCGGUAAAUCUGUCCCGAACGUCCUUCACCAGGACUUUGAUCUCUCUGUGCUGAAGGACAGCGUUGAUCUGACCAAAGUCGCCGUCAUGGGCCAUUCCUUCGGUGGGGUGACGGCAGUGCUGGCCUUGGUGAAAGAGCCCAACUUCAGGUGUGCAGUGGCUCUCGACGCCUGGAUGUUCCCCCUGGAGAAUGUGCUGUACCCAGAGGUGCCCAAACCUGUGCUCUUCAUCAACACCGAGAAGUUCCAGACACCAGAAAAUGUUGCCAAAAUGAAGAGGCUGAGCUCCAGAAACAGCCAGACAAAGAUUAUAACCAUCCUGGGAUCCGUGCACCAGAGCCAGACCGACUUCACUUUUCUCAGCGGGAAGCUCGUCGGCCGCAUCCUUGGUGCGAGGGGGACCAUCAACCCCCACAAGGGUCUGGACAUCACCAGCCAGGCGGCUCUGGCCUUCCUGCAAAGGCAUCUCAAUCUAGAAGAGGAGUUUGAUCAAUGGGACAACCUCCUGGAAGGCAUCGGAGACUCGGUUGUUCCAGAAGCACCGUUCUGCCGCUCCAACCUGUAGUUUGCUCCGAGGUCGCUGGUGAGAGCCGAGUACAGGGAAAGCAGCUGCUUCUUGUCUGAAAUGAGCCGUGCAGGAUCCAACCUCCCAAGGGCAGGAGGAGCUACGGGGAGAACAGGACCUGGGGAUCAUGCUUCUGAGGGGUCCGAUGACCUGAGUGCUCAUCAAGCGUGCCAGGAGAGCCCUCCCUGCAGCGAGGGCUGUGGGGGCUGAAGGAAUAAAAUUCCCAGGGACACAGACUGAGUUGGCUGUCACUUGGGCCUGAGGUGACACCCUUCUUGCCCGCAGAGGGUAGAUGGGCAUCGAUCCCUCACUGGGGCUGUCUGGAUCUGCUGCAGCUGUGGCACAUCUGGCAGGAGCAGGUAGAAGGGUCAUUUGCCGUGGGGUGGUUCAGUCAGAGCCGAAAGAACCAGCACAGGGAGACACAGGAUGAGGGCUCCAAGCACAAAGCAAAUGAAAGUCUGAUUGUUGUCAUGGAAAGCUGGCAAGAUUGCCGAGUCCACGCCUAAAAUCUUGGGGAAAAAAAAGAAAGAGGAUGGUUUUAAACUGUGUCCUGAGCUGCACUCAAGGCAGUGGGACCAGCAGGGCGAGGGAGGGGAUUCUGCCCCUUUGCUGCGCUCCGGUGUCCAGGUCUGGAGUCCUGAGCACAGAAAGGACACGGAGCUAUUGGAGCGAGUCCAGAGGAGGCCACAAAGAUGAUGUGAGGGCUGGAGGACCUCCCGUAGGAGGACAGGCUGAGAGAGGUGGGGUUGUUCAGCCUGGAGAAGGGAAGGCUCCGGGGAGACCUUAGAGCAGCUUCCAGUACCGAAAGGAGCUCCAGGAAAGCUGAGGAGGGGCUCUGGAUCAGGAAGGGCAGGGAGAGGAUGAGGGGAACGGUUUGGGGCUGAAAGAGAGGAGAUUUAGAUGAGAUCUUAGGGAGAAAUGUUUUGCUGUGAGGGUGGGGAGGCCCUGGCCCAGGUUGCCCAGAGCAGUGGUGGCUGCCCCAUCCCUGGAGGGGUUCCAGGCCAGGUUGGAUGGGGCUUGGAGCCCCUCAUCCAGAGGGAGGUGUCCCUGCCCAUGGCAGAGGGUGGCACUGGAUGGGCUUUGAUGUCCCUUCCAGCCCAAACCAUUCUGUGAUUGUAUGAAACAAGGGGCUGUCUGGAAGUGCCUCCGAGCACCGUAGUGGUUCAGGGAUGUGAAACAGGGAUGGAGAUCCAGAGAGAAGGAAAACAGCCCAGCCAGGUUUUACAGCACGAAGAGCAACAGUGCUGAAACUGGCACACGGUGGCGGUGGGAAGAAGGCACUUCGGAAGCCCCUGCAGCACAUUCCUGGGUAACACCAGGGACGUUUGAGCAAGGAGUGCUUUUUAAAGGAGAGUCCAAUCCUUGGCCAUCCCAAAGCAGAGCUGAAGGGAGCGGAGCUGCACAGAUCUAUCCCACCAGAGACCCUCCCCAAGGUCCUCGCUGGCACUGUGGCGGGAGAGGGUGGCAGGCAAUCCUGGACACGACGCCUCGGCAGCUGCGGGGAGCGGCCACGCUCCUGGCACACCAUCUGCUUUUGCAUUGUCCGUGUCGCCGGCGGCACAGCAUUCCUGCUGGGAAGAGGGCAGGCAGCAGCAGCCCUGCCUUCCACCUCCUGCCAUCGCAGAGAGAAGCUGCCGCAGACGAUGCACCCGGUGCCGCGUGCCGGCAGGGUUUCCUGGGGCGCUGAGGUUGGAGAAGAAGGAUUGCGGGUGGCUAUUCCUCGCUCCGUGACAGCGGGUGACAUGGGUGUCAGCAAAGACUUCUUUCCCAGGAGAAGACAGGAGAGUGGGAAAGCAGCAUCUCGCUCCUGCGGUGCCUGAAUUGUUUGUGCCACCGCAACGGCCACAUCCUCACCGGUGGCCCCUCUUAGUGGAGGUCGAGGGCUGAGGAUGCUCCUGGGUGUUCCCAGGGGAAGGUGCAGUGCUGUGCAGCCGUGGAGAGGCCAUUGUUCAAUGUCUCCUUCGCUCUCCAGUGACACAAAGGACUGACAUGAACAGGACCACAAGCUCUCGGUGCUUUUGAGGCUGCCAGAUAUUUAUUUUUAAUUGCUAUACACCUAAAAAGCCGUCUCCAGCCCUGGGAGCAGGCUGGGCUGUGACAGCUCCCGCUGCGUGGCGAUGCUGAGGGUGGCUGGGGGACAUUCAAGGUCGAUGUAUGUGGUGAAUCGUGUGAGCGAGCCAUCAGGUCCCGUUUUAACAGUGAGAGACAGUGACCGGUGUGGAAAUCAAAUCCCAUUUUCCUCCCUGAAUUAGCACGGCUGGGGAUCUGUGCCGGCAGUUCGAGGGGAGCAGCGUGGUCGCGGCUCCGGCACAGCUGAGGGAAGCUAUAAAUUCUGCAGGACUCUUAUGUAAAGGCUUUCAGGGAAGAGGGUGGCAGAAACCUACUGACAUUUGUUAACCCUUCAGUUCACAGAAAGCCACUUAAUUCUAGUCCUCAGGAUGGGCGGAGUGGGGAAGCAGGCAGAUGUCCUUCUGCCUGGCUUUACAUCCUUUACUCUCCCCUCGGAGACAGCCUCCAUGCGCAAGAUUGUGCACUCUCUUUGUGCCUCUGGAGGAAAACCCUGCCAGAAGAAAGAAGGGCAUUCGGAAAAAAAUCCUGCUGUCACUCAGGAAGGGCAGACACCCCCUUUCCUCCCCUCUAUCAGCUCCUCUCUGCUCUCUGUGGGAUGUGGUGGUGCAGAAGCCCUCUCUGAGUGUUUUCCUGCUGCACUGGCUCAUUGCAUCUGCUUUCAAAUCCAGCCUGGAGCCAUCUCUUCAAUCAGGCUCCCCUCGCAAGCACCUCUUUCCUCCAGAUCCCCAUUACACGCUCCAGCCUCGAGGUCGGAGGCAGCGUGCAUGAAAGAUGCGGCACAAAUCCCUGGUGUAGCAUGCAGGGAAGGUAUUUUCCCCGUGUCCCAGCUUGCUUAGAUUGUUUUGCUUGGCCUGAGAGGGCAGAAAGAAAGGGGCUGGGACAGAGCAUCCUUCCCUGCCACCUGCCUGGGCCAGUGACUGGAGGGGAGACCCCACGGAUCUCUGGGGUGGCAAGGGCUAUUCCAAGGUUGCCUGUGCCACACUGGAAGGGUUUCUGGCAAAAAGCAGGAGCUAAGGGUUAGCCUGGAAUGUGAUCAGCCACAACAGCCCGCAAGCACCAGCGCCGGAACGACGUGUCGUUAUGAUGCAGUGGAUUGGGUUCAAAUGUGGAAUAGCUGGAGUUUGGAUCUGUAAAUCCCCGUGUUUUAUCCACAGAGGGACUUUGCUUCUCAUGGAUAUGGGAAAGAAAUGCUGACUCCGUUCCCUCAAGGGGGUCGGCACCCACAGCACCCGCCUGCAGCGCGGAGGUGCCACACGUUGGGAAGGGCUCGCUCCCAGCCAAGCGUCUCAAUGUGUCCGAUCUACUUUCAUAUUCAAACCGGUGCCUUUAAAAAUAAAUAAAUAAAAGCUGCCCAUUUAUAUUCCCCUCACAGCUGUGCUUGCAGCAUGGCUGGGGUGUGAAUGGACGCAUUCCUCUUCCCCACGGCUUCUUAUCUCGGCAGAGCAACGUCCACUCGCCAACCGGCUUCAGCUUCAAAGCUUUCCGCUCUUGGGGCUGAAAUCCGACAGUGUCAGCACAGACCUGGCUUGGAGCUUUUUAGCAUCUUAGAGCUGAGAGUCGUCUUCUCAUCCUGCCCACCCCCAGCUGGUCCUGCCUGCGGCUCCCUCCCUCCUGGGAAGCCCCUUCCAGCUGGCGGAUCCCUCCCCAUCCCAUGCAUGCAGCAAACUGGAGUUGCCAGCUCCAGCAUUUGCUGCUGCUUAGGAAAAAAACCUCACUUACUCAAUUGAAGCUUCCCUGUUGAUUUAAUUAAUGCAAAUUGAAACAUGUGUUAAAUCCUCCUUGUAAUUAACCAUAACACUUACUGUCGUAGGGUUGGGGUUUUCUUUUCCUUCUUCUCGUAUUUUUAAGGAAAAUACGAAGGCUUGGAUUCACAACAGUUUGUAAAGGUCCAUGGUCCUCACGCUGAGCCCAGCGUGUGCAGCAAGAACCCCACAAGCUCCAGCAGAGGAGCUUGGUGCCGGGCGUGGGCUGGGGUACCAGCCUUGAAGACCAGCGUGGAUGCAGGUGCAGGGCUGACCCCACUCCUAACCCCAGCCCGAGCAGUCCCUCGGGAGAAGAGCUCCUUAUAUUCCUUUGAUUGGUGAGUAUACACUUGGUUUUAUGUCAAGUUUUUCUAUUGGCAAAUCAAAACUUUGCUGUGGGUGAAGUUCCAAAUGGAGUUUCUUCAUCUCCAAAGGGAAUUGUUAUCAUCUAAUGCGUCGGCUUCCAGGCUGCCUUGAGCUGAAAACCCCAGAUACUCACAGUCACGAGGGAUUCAGCUCAACUUUGUCAUCUUCCCACGCACCGGUUCCUCCUGCGCUGGGUGACGGGGCAGGACCGGGGCUCUGCCAGGGGGGCAGAUGCUUGGGAUUCAGCGCAGGGCACGUGCUUGCCGUCUUCGAGGUGCAACGCCGCAGGUCUGGGCUGCAGACACGAUGCCUGCCGGACCCCUGAAAUGCAGUGCUGUGGGCCAAGAGGGCUCUUGUUCGUUCUCUCUGCCAGCGUCACCGAGGGUAUUUGGAGGGUACAACUGGGUUUUUGACAGUUUUCACUCUGCAGCAGAAGACCUAUCUCAGGCUGGAGCAGGUCCUUGCUGACCCUAGAGAACAUUCCUGAAGAAAGAGGGGAAAGACUAACUGAGGAUGGAAAUUUAGGUGCUGGAAGACAAAAAGAAGGCUGUGUGAGGUUUCUCUAGUUCCAGGCUAAGCCAAAAAAAAAGCUCUUGAAACAGAUAUGAAGGAUUGUUUUUUGUUAAUAUCAUGGUUUCCCCCAAUUUAGGAGGGACAGGCUGAGCUCAGCCCCAGGGGUGCUGGCUCGUGCUUUGCACCCAAGCGUGAUGGUUGGGGAGAUUGAAAUCUACACAAGGCAGGGACCUCAAAUAUCCCACAUCCUCCUUUUUAAACCCUUUGGCUUCAGUCUUCACCCCAGAUCAGGGUGCAGGGAGGUGCUGAGACCGUCAGCCCCCGUCCCUGUGUGCCACAGUAGCACAGGAGUCGCCCAACCCACCACCUUCAGGAUGCUUUCACCUCCUUGACAGCAGCUCUCUAACGAUGUUCACCACGCAAGGCCUGGGUUUUGUGGGGGAAUGCGCUUGGUUUUUUGUAUCUUUUAAUUAAAACGAAGCACUUAACAUUGGCGAUCGUAACCUCAGCGUGUCUCUCCGGGCAUUGAUUUUAGCGGAGGGCAGCAGUUUCCUGGUUUAUUGCAUAAAAGAUAGAGCUGUGUUUUUCCCCCAGAAAGGCCGGCUUUGUUCGCCUCUUCUCCCAGCUGCAGUGGAUGUGUCUGGUCUUUUUUUUUUCCUUUUAAUAUAUAUAUUGAUCUAUUUUGAACUCAAACGAGUGAGGGGAAAGGGAUCAAACAGCACUGAGCAAAUGUUAACUGCAGGUAUUGUUUCCAUGCUGGUGUUGCUGAGCACGGGCAGUGGGAUGGAGCAGGAAUUAACCCAUUUUGAUGCAGAAUUGUCGGUAGAGAUGGGAGGGGGACUGCUUAUUCUCCUGAGAGGAUCCAUAGACAUGGACCUCCUCAUCCGACUGAAGUCCAAAAGUGCCAUUAAAACGCCCACAAACGUGUUUCCUUGGCUUACGAAUCCUAUGAGGAAGAGGCAUGUUUUAUUCCACUCAUGGUGUCAGACUUUGUCCAUGGAGAUCGCCACGGGAUAAAGAGCUGUGGCCGUUGCACCAGGCAGGUCAGUGUCUCCUGUGUCACCUGAGCGCGAGGCUGGAUGCAAGGAUGGGGGAACACUCCAAAAUCCUGCCUUUUGAUCACAAUUCGACCUUGUGCUGCCCGUCUGAAGGAAACCAGGUGCUUGAGUACAGCAAACGCACCUGCAUCCCAGACAGCAGAGCUCUGUGAAAGGCAAAUAAAACCUGUUCCCCUUUGGCUCCGCGUUGAGCAUUGUUCCCAAAUUUGCUCUUAGUGGGAACAGGCUCAGUCUGGGGGCUGCUACGAGCUCAUUCAUCUUGUUUAUUUGACAUGGGGGAAGUCGUUUUCCUUUAAGAGGAUUUCCAUCCCUCAACUCCUCCCAUCGUGACACUUCCAAGCUACAUUUUGUCUUGAAAGGGUGGGAGUAUUUUUAACUAUAUCACGCCGGGGAAGUAUUAAUAGCACAAUAGGCUUGCUGAGCUGCCGGUAGAGCUGAAUCCAUAUUUUAAAUUCAAGGAUCUAAUUAGGAGCUGGGGAAUAAUUAGUGCUAUACCCAGCUUUUCUUUCCCCCCUCACUUCAUUUUCAAAGAGCCACAGCAAAUGCCUUUGCUGGAAUCUUCUAUGGCUGUUGAAUAUUUGAUGGCUUCUUUCUGCAUUGCUAUUCCAUGUGGCUGUCAAAAUCACGCCGGCUUCUUUGCUCUAUCCCAGCUGAAAUGGCUGACUCCGACACUCUCAAAAUCUAAUUAGUGCAUCUCCUGUUGGCUCACAUUCCAAAAACCCACCCCAUAAAGCCUUUCUUCAUGCUUCUCUCCCAGCCACGCGCUAGCGCUGGGUGUUGCAGCUCUGUGCAGCCUAGUUAUUUUGGAACCCUCAGCAGCGAGUUGUUUACAGCCUUCCUCAAAUAGCAAAGCUCUCGGUGCUCCAUAUGGGAAAUGCAAAUUUGUGGACUUCGGUUGGGAGCAGAAAGGGAAAAGCAGCGUGGAUGUAGAGAAAUGGAUCGAGGCUGCAGCUCGGUUGGGAGCAAGGAGCGGGGAAAGCAAUGCAAGGAGAUGGCCAGGCUGACUUUUGUGGCCUCAGGUUGCGCCAAGGGAGGUUCAGAUUGGACACCAGGAAAAAUUUAUUCACCAAAAUGGUUCUCAAGCAUUGGAAAGGGCUGUCCAGGGAGGUGGUUGAGUCCUCAUCCCUGAAGGUACUUAAAAGGCGGGCAGAUGAAGUGCUUAGGGAUAUGGCUUAUUAGUGGAUAGGUGUGGUUGGGCUUUAUGAUCUCAAAGGUCUUUUCCAACCUAGCAAUUCUACGAUUCGAUGAUUCUUUGUGUGUUGCUGGAUGUAGUGGAGGUGGGAGCCAGCACCCACACAGAUUUGUCCUUAUAUUUGGCAGGUAACUCCCAGGAGAGCACGACUGCACGUUAGUGUCUCGGAGGAUCUGCUGGUGCUGCAAAUAAAACAACCUAUUCUGUAAUUGUACCCACUGCUGGGAGCGCCUGUGACAGCUCUCCUCGGUGUGAAGUCUCUGGUCUCUAAUAAUAGUUAGGCUGGUUGCUGAAGUCUCUUCCUCGCUCUUGCCUCUCCCCAGCCAUCUGUUUUCAAGAAACUUGUGGAAUUCAUGUCACUGAGCUCUUAUCCAUAUUUAUCAGAGGGGUAGAGGCUGGCUCACAAAGCCAAAGCCUGGGAGAGAAGAUUGGUCAGAGAUAGAAGGACUUUGAUCAUAUAAAGCUUGAUUUUCUUAGGAAACAAAGAACCAAAAACAUGCCAGGAGAUCUCCCAGCUGGCUGGGAAGGGAAUUCUGCUAUUCCUUUGCCCAGGGUGAAUCAAAGGCAGAGCACAAUAUUUAGGAGAAAGACCACAUCUCGUUUGACAUCCUGGGUGCAACCUGGGUGAAGGUGCUCAAACGUGUGGGCGCCACAGCCACCGCUGUUAUUUUAGGCUCUGCCCCCAUCUCGGUGUGUUGGAGCAUUGUUUGCAAGGAGAGCAGAGGGCUCGUGGGGCUUUGUCUUUGGUUCAGUAGAAGCUUAUGUUAUUUUUCUGCUCUAGAGCCUUUUCAGCCCUCAUCACCACAGUGUUUGGAUAUCACACAGUACGGCCCUGUGGCUGCGUUUGCAGAGGUGACUAUGGAUUCCCGGGUUAAUAUUGCCCCAAUAGCAAAGCAAUUGAUUUCUAUUUUCAUCUCUCUCGCUGCAGAUGCAAUCACCAUCUGUGGUGAGUUCUUUAACUUUUCUCAUUUUAUGGAGGAAUUAAGUGAGUUUGAGUGAAUUUGAGCAACCUGAGCCAGUAGGUUGGCCCUGGCCCAGGUUGUCCAGAGAAUUUGUGGCUGCCCCAUCCCUGGAGGUGUUCAAGGCCAGGUUGGAUGGGGCUUGGAGCCCCUGAUCCAGUGGGAGGUGUCCUUGCCCAGGGCAGAGGGUGGAACUGGAUGGGCUUUGAGGUCCCUUCCAACCCAAACCAUUUCAUAAUUCUAUGAACUUGGCUAAUACAGUGAUUGUUACUGUUCUCAGCAAAUACUUGCAAAUAUUAAUUACCAAGGUGCUUUAAAACAUUUUCUGAUUAAGAAAUCAGCUGUCAGUCCAUCCACCACGGGUGCUUAAGGGUGGCAAUUUAAUACUCGGAAAGCACAUUUCCUUAUUGGAGAUUAAAUAUUUUUGCAAGUUAAAAGUGCUGCCGUGGGCUGAGUUGUCACCCAGUUGUGUCAGUCUCUUUGUGGGAUGUUUUGAUAAGCACAUCAUAAGAGACGCUUUCAUCUUUAUGCUAAAUCAGAUCACGUCACGUCCUAAAUUCACAUGUACAAGGAGUCCUGCUGAUGAGACCUUGACUUUUCUGUCUCACCGACAGCAGAGGCGGUUGAACGCAGCCGAAGGGCUCGUGUUUUGUCUGAGGAUGAGACCCCUCAAGCAAACGGGAGCUGUGAGCUGCCCCAGGGCAAUGAUUUUAAGUGGGUGCAGUUAUCACUGGCUUGGAUGUUCCACAGCCACCGACCU